CUUAGUGAAAGUCCAAGGGUACCCGGACCUGAUUGGAGUGGUCAAGGUUUUGUGGACCCUGCGUCGCCGCGCCGGCCACGAGAAUGGAGAGUAGGUGCUACGGCUGUGCUGUCAAGUUUACCCUCUUCAAGAAGGAGUACGGCUGUAAGAAUUGUGGCCGGGCCUUCUGUUCUGGCUGCCUUAGCUUCAGUGCAGCGGUGCCCCGGACUGGAAAUACUCAGCAGAAAGUCUGCAAGCAGUGCCAUGAGGUCCUGACCAGAGGAUCUUCUCCUGCCAAUGCCUCCAAGUGGUCACCACCUCAGAACUAUAAGAAGCGCGUGGCAGCCUUAGAAGCCAAGCGGAAGCCCAAAACUCCUCAGAGCCAGGGACUGAUCCAGCAAGACCAAGUCAUCGCUGAGCGCCUAGCACGGCUCCGCCAACAGAACAAGCCCAAGUCAGUGGCCUCACAGGCGGAGAUAGAAGCCAGGCUAGCUGCACUGAGGGAUGACCCCCAGGGUUCCAUCCCUUCCACCCAGGAGGUGGAGGCACGGCUUGCUGCACUACAGGGCAGAGUUCUGCCUUCACAGACCUCCCAGCUGGCACAUCAGCCACCAGACACCAGGACCCAAGCCCAGCAGGCACAGGAUCUGCUGACACAGCUGGCAGCGGAGGUGGCUAUUGAUGAGAGCUCAGAACGAGGAGGCCCAGCUGCCUCUAUCCAGAAUGACCUCAACCGAGGGGGCCCCGGGGGCCAAAGUGCUACUUCCAAGGGGCAGGCCACUCAGUCCCUGGAAGAGGAGAAGAGCAGGCUGCUGGCCCAAGCAGCCAUUGAGCUGCGGGAAGAGAACACAAGGCAGGAGAAGAUCCUGGCGCUCGCCAAGCGCUUGGCCGUACUGCAGGGACAAGACCCUGACAAAGUGACCCUCCAGGACUAUCACCUCCCAGACAGUGAUGAGGAUGAGGAGACGGCCAUCCAGAGAGUUCUGCAGCAGCUCACUGAAGAAGCUGCCCUGGAUGAGGCAAGUGGCUUUAACAUCCCUGUGGAGCCUGCUGUCCGAGCUCGGGCCCAGUCCUGCAGGGCAGAGCCUGAGGUGGAGGCCGUGACCACCAGGCCUGAGGCUGAGGAAGAAGAGCUCCCCUGGUGCUGCAUCUGCAAUGAGGAUGCCACCAUGCGCUGCGCUGACUGUGACGGGGACCUCUACUGUGCCCGCUGCUUCCGGGAAGGCCACGAUGCCUUUGAACUUAAGGAGCAUCAGACGUCUGCCUACUGCCCCCCGCAUGGAGGCCAAGAGCACUGAGGAAGCCAGGCAGGCAAGCCCACAGGCAGUCAUGCAGGCCAGUGCACCUGCCCCUGAGCCCAGCCUCAGGGCACCCAAUGGAGGAGUGCGUCAGGCUAGACUGCUUGUGGAUGUGCCCUUUCCUGAGCCUCAGUGUCCCCAGAAGGAGGAAGGAUUCUCUAUUCGAGAUAAUAACUGGGGGGGAGCCAGAGGGAAAGCAGGAGUCAGGAGCCCUCCAACAGCCAAGUCUGGACUGAGAGUGAGGCAUGGUGGGGAAAGAUGAGACUGAAUCUAAGGGUGAUGAGCCUUGAAGCUUGGUCAAGGGCCUAGGGCUCUUCCCUGGGACUUAGUGGAUCUAAUAAAAAAUGUUGACUCCUUGAACCCAGCAUCUCUUAUCUCUAGAACCCUGUGGACUCUAAG